AUGCAAAGGUACUUACCGUCUUUCACGAUAGUCUCUGGAGCGUGCAUAACUUCUCUAUAAAUAAAUACAAGAGAAGUUCUAUACAGUAAUUAUAUAUAAUCAUUUGAAGACGGGGAACUACAAAUCCGAGUCAGUAUAUCGCCAGCAACGCUUCUGGUAAAUAAGGUUCAAUAUAAACGUACGGUCUAAUUCAUAAUACGAUAGCACAAGUUAAACACAAAUUACACGCAUUUUACCUGGCAUCUCAGCUUCAUUGUCUUCAUCUCAUGUAACCAACCAGAAACACACCUCACCGUCCACAGGAAACCAAAGAAGAAACGAACAUAGCCCACCAGGAACGCACGUGUGAACAAGAAACGCGUCUAGUGAUUUACAAGCCUACAAGAAAAACACUAAGGAGCCUAUCAGCACUCGUCUAAUAGCGCACAACUAACAUACCAGAAACGCACAAUCAUGUGUAAAUGUCAAUGUAUGGUUGUUGGACGAUGUCGUUUUAAACUCCUAAAAGCCUGUGGCUUCGGCUUGAUUUUAGCGGGUAUUGUACUGAUUGGAUUCGGGAUCGCAGCUUUCUUUGAAUGGGAUCAAUUCACAGACCAAACGGCAGGCGGACCCAUAUGGGCUGGUCUAGUGGCAAUUGUGACAGGUAUUUGCUCGAUCCACAUAGCAUCAACGUUAUCUGACGACGAUUGGGGUGUACGGGGACUAGUAUGUUUCACACUUCUUUCCGUGGUCACAAUGGUCGCAAGCAUCGCCCUGAUCGGCUGGCAGCUCUGGGAGAAUGACUACUUUGUUAGUAAGGACGAAUUUAAAAACGGUGAUUCUACUGACUGGACAUUAACGAUCGCCCUUUUCGCAGUAGUGAGUUUUGUUGGAUUGCUGGUAGUCAUAGCAAGCACACUGAUUGGCUGUAUUGGAUGCAGAUGUUCUGAAAGUUCUGAACUUAUAUCCGCGGUCAUUUAAGUUGCGAAAUACCGUAGAUUAUGUAUGUCACUGCUACACCGUCUUCCAAAACUCCCGAGACACGAGCCUUCAUGAACGACGACUUAGACCCAUGAAAAUUAGGGCAUUAAGGUAAAAGUUCGCCAUAAAGAAUAAAAUAAAAUGCAAAAAAAAAAAAAAAAUCAAAAAAUCUAAGUCGUACCUGUAGGCCUACCGGUAAAAUAAAUUAUUGCAAUAUGGAACAAAGUUAAGUAUAGGCAUAAUAAUCAAUAAUAGGAUCUAGUACCACUAGAAUCAUAUUGGUUGAGGGUUCACUAAGCUGUGUUUACAGUGGUUCAUAAAUAAAUAUUUUACUAUUUACCAAUCGUUAACAUAGUAACUUAGCUAAGCUAAUUUAGGCCUACUUCCAUAAAUGUUUAAAGGAUAUGUGGUGGGGUGAGGCGGGGGUGUUUUUCAAAGGUAUAGCAUGGUAAUUAAUCGAUAAAUCACAUACAAAAUUUGGUAUGAAAUAAUACCUCUAUAAAUCGAUAAAUACAGAUCCACACAUACAUACUGUAUGUAGUGCUAUUUAAAGUUUUAAGAAAGGGUGGUUCGUUGUGCUUAUGAGUUUUGAUAUAGGCCUACAGUAUUUAUUCGAAUGUUGAGAUGGGUUGAUGAGGGUCGUUUAUUCAAGGGAGGCGUUUAUUAUAAUAUAAUCAAAUAAACGCCCCUUAAUUUUACUGUAAAUGUGGAACUGUAACCCACAUAAUUACCGCCAAAUUGUGUUUUUGCGUGACCAUAAACCAGCUGGUGAUCCUAACCAGCCAGGAUAAAAAAAAUGUAAUUCUACUGGAGUAGAAUGUGCUGAGAAAUGAUAUUGCUUCCAUUAGAUUUGUUUUCAGUCAUUUAGGGGGUGGGGCGUUUAUUCGAGCAAAAAAAAUAAACACCUCGGGGCGUUCGAGGGAGGCGUCUAUUCCAAAAAAAGGACUCUAGAGGAGGAGAUUAUUUGAAGAAGGGGGGGGGGGGGGAGAGUUCAUUCAAAGCGAAACUUGUAAUUAUGAAAUGUAAUGCCUGUGGGUCAAUCGACUUGACCUACAGGGGGGUAGGCCUAUGAACCAAAAUAUCACCUAACGCCUCCAGUCAGGGAGGGGAAAUCUUGGUGGUGAUCAAUGGUGGUUUAGAUUAAUAACGAUUAUGCUCUUAGACCACAGUCAGAAAAGGCCUAACUUUAGUGGAUCGGAUUUUUUUUCAAAGUUGAGUCCAACCAAGUGCUUCUUGUCCGACGGGGUAAUUCUGUGAGUUUGGAUUCCAUGUAAAAAUUAAGUAUUUAUAAUUGAAAUUUCUUUUUAAAGGAUCACAAUAGAAGUGUAUAAAAAAUAAUAACCUCACACGUUCACUACGAAGUUCGUCAAGGUACGUUCAAAUUGUAAAGUACGGUUCAGUAGUUUGUAUACGUCUAAGCCUAGGUUACAAGCAAUGUUGUUAUUAGGCCUACUUAUGCAAAGGUCUAUAAUACUGUAUAUUAUUCGCAUCCAAUCGGAAUGAAUGAAUGGAUGUACAGUUAA